CUCCAACAGGCCAUUCAGGAGUCUCCAGUGAUCCUGAUGCCCAAUCACAGGAGUUAUGUGGACUUCCUGGUUCUGUCCUACAUCCUGUUCACCUAUGACCUGCCCAUCCCUGUUAUAGCCGCUGGAAUCCGCAACUCUGAUGGACAUGAAGAUGGUGGGAGAGAUCCUGCGUCGUUCGGAGCGUUCUUCAUCAGGAGGACGAUCGGGUCUGACAAGUUGUACUGGGCUGUCCUAUCUGAGUAUGUCAAAACUAUCGUCAGGACAGGGUAUGCUCCUAUAGAGUUCUAUGUGGAGGGUCUGAGGAGCAGGACUCUGAAGUCCCUCACACCCAAAUUAGGUAUGAUGCACAUGGUCCUGGAGCCGUUCUUUAAAGGCGAGGUGUACGACAUCAGGCUGGUUCCCAUCAGCAUCAGCUAUGACAGGGUCCUGGAGGAAUCUCUAUUGGCACAUGAACUGCUGGGGGUCCCCAAGCCCAGAGAGACCACCAUGGGUCUACUGAAGGCUAGGAGG